AUGCAGGGUUAUCCACAGCCUGUGGCACCCAAAAUUUUAAUGGCACAGCCAUACGGUAAGCAAGUGGACAUUUUUAGUUGCGGUGUCAUCACGUACAUUUUGCUCUGUGGAUAUCCGCCAUUCCAUCAUGACAACCAGAACGCAUUCUUUCGACUCAUUAAAGCGGGACGGUAUGGAUUCGACUCGCCAUAUUGGGAUGAUAUAUCUGCAGAAGCCAAAAAUCUUAUUAGAAAGAUGCUGAUUUGGCACCAGCGGAGCGAUGGUCAGCACGGCAGUUUCUAUACCAUCAAUGGAUUGCAGCGGAUGUCGUUAAAGACGUGCAGCUUACUACGGCACUACAAGAGCUGCGGAAGUUCAACGCGCGUCUGCGGUUAG